AUGUCUUACAUCUACCAGAGAAGACACGUCCCCACUGCCGCAUUUAACACAGCACACAGCGAUCCAGAAACCGUCGGCUCUCCCUUGUCAUACUCUGAUUGUGACACCGAGGACCAGUAUUACUGCUCCGACAACCAGCAACAGCAACAGCAACAGCAACAGCAGCAGCAGCAGCAGCAGCAGCAGCACGCCUCGUCCCCUUCGUCGAGAAUCGAGUCUCUCCUAGCGUCGAUGUCGAACCAUAUCCACAACAAGAAGGAACUGGUCAACCUGAUCAUCCUGAUCAUCUACGAGAAUUUCGAGAUGAAGUUCAACCUUGGGCUACAGGACACCGAAGUCAGCGGCUUCUGCCACCUGAUCAACCUCCUGGUUCUCAAGUGCGGCCUCUCUCUCUCCAGUCUCACCAAGAACCUGCUCAUUCUCGAGAAAAUCCUCCUACACCAUUCAAGCAUGUACAGCUCGCCAAAGAUCCCCUUCAACCUCUUGAAACGCAUGGUGCUUACAUCCUUCAUCAUCGGCACCUCUAACGUUGACAGCAACCACCAGGUGGUGGUCAACUUCGACAAGUGGUGUCUCCUCACCGGUCUCCCUUCUGACCUCCUCAAGCACGACGUCUGCAGUUUCCCAGACUCUGUCAGCAUCGGCUCGCAGAUCUCAGACGGCGAGGUCGCCAGCCGCAACGCCAUGUUGCAGCUCCAAGUGCAGAAAUAUGUCAAGGUGGUUUGA